CAAGGUUAAACUGGAAAUUCACGUGCCGACCGCCCACACGCGUCUAUAUUUUGUGGUUAAUAUCCCAGUGCAUAUUUCAAGUGGAUUUAGAGUGAGGCGGGCGCUGAAUAAGGGCAUGGAUUCAACGUAUUAUAACAUUUAUCUUUUUAGUGUUAAAAAGCAAUUACGCUCCAAAUAGGCUUGGUUUAGUCUAAUAAGACUCGGUUCCUUUGUUAUAUUUACACCUGCAUUUAUUUAUUUUUAACUACACUUUUGCCUCAAAUAGGGCAACACGGCAGCGCACUUCUGGUAUCCGAACAAUGCGCGCAUAUUUUGCAGUUGUUCUCACGAGCAUUAUGUGCUUUUCCUCGCUGCGCAAACGCUCACUGUCAAAGUCAGGGGCGCUAGCAGCCGCAUUUGUGGGCCUAGCCACGGUUAGCAAUGACAACGUCAUGUUCACAGCCGUGCUGCUGGCGUUUUUCAUCUCCAGCUCAUAUUGCACAAAGUAUCAGGCGCGGGAAAAGAUGAAAAUUGACCCAUCAUAUGCCAAGGCUUCUGAGCGCGACUGGAAGCAAGUUCUGUGUAACGGCGGUGUAGGAUCGGUGAUUUCUCUUGUGUACCAAUACUACUUUGACGGGCGGCAUCCGGAGGACCUGACAAGAGAGCAGCGCCAGCUAAUGGUGCUGCUGACCUGGGCGUACAUCGGGUUCUACUCUUGUUGCGCGGCUGACACGUGGGCCAGCGAACUGGGCACACUGAGCAACGAUUGGCCUAUCCUGAUAACGACAUUUUCGCCGGUGCCGCCUGGGACAAACGGCGGAGUGAGCAGGCUGGGUGUUCUCUCUUCGUUUGCUGGUGGUGCUGCUGUUGGUCUGGCCGCAGACAUUGCUCUUUGGGUGCAAUACUUUGGGGCGUAUCGCUCGGGCGUGAUGCCGAAAAUACCAUACAACAUGCUCGCGUCCAUCCUUGGGACAGUAGGGUCAUUGAUUGACUCGCUUUUGGGCGCGACAAUUCAGGCGUCGUACCUGGUUGAUAAGCGCGCAGUUUCGGAUCUCAGCGCUAGCGAGCUUAAGCGCUUAAAGGGUGCUCAACUGAUUGCCGGCAGAAAUAUCAUAAGCAACAAUAUGGUUAACGUUUUGUCGUCCGUCUCCACGACAGUCAUAGCGAUGCUGCUGUUAAAGCUGCUAAUUUGAGUUAUAUUUUAUGUUGCAUGUUUUACAAUUCACAAAAAAACCAAUGCGUUGUAUGGGAUAUAGAAAACUCAAAUGUAUUACACUGGUGUAAAUGGAUUUUGGAAUUUCCAGACAUUUAUAACGAAAGUCCAGAUUUUUAAGCAGGGUUUUUUAAAACCCCGUUUUUGUGCAAAAAGUCAUAAUCAGAGUUGGCUGAACCUGAGUGAGUCUACAGCAACACCCGAGACUCUGCUCAAGCCAAAGCACGUGCCCAAGAAUCCAUCUGCUCCUGCUUCUCUUAAA